GCCUUAGAAAACUGUAUUUAAAUCAUUUGUGCUGUGAUUAGUGACAUUUUUAAGUGUGGACUUUAUUGAGACAUUAAAAUGAAUUUGAUUAAUUUAAUUGAAUUUACAGUUCAGGUCAAGAUCCUUCACAGACAUUACUGUGCAAUAUCCGGAUAUGGGAACACUGAGAACACUUACAAACUUAAUAUUGAACUGAAAAAUUGGGUGCUUUUUAUGCUAUGUGAGAUAAUUUAACUGCAGAGUGUUGAUAAACUUGUAGUUCACAGAUGUUAGUAAAAGUGCAUUUAAUUUACUAUUUUUUUUAUACAGAAACUAAAUGCAGAUACUGACAUCUGGUGGUGAAAUUGUAAACAUAAAUGGAAAUUCUAGCCUGUAAACACACUCAACCACACAUGAUAGCAGGUACUUCUUGUGUGUUCCUCAUCAUACAUUGCUGGCUGACACCUUUGGGAGUGUGUUCAGCGUUCGCCUCGGCAGUGAUAAGGUAGUGUUUGCAUGUGGGUACAAGAUGGUGAAGGAAGCCAUUGUGACACAAGCCGACAACUUUGUGGAUCGACCAUACAGCGCAGUUUCUGGGAGAGUCUACUCAGGAUCCUCAAACGGUCUGUUCAUGAGCAAUGGUGAAAGAUGGAAGAAACAGCGACGCUUCGCCUUGUCUACCUUACGUAACUUUGGCGUGGGCAAAAACACCAUGGAGCAGUGCAUCUGUGAGGAGAUCCGAUACCUGCAGGAGGAGAUAGAGAAGGAGAAAGGUGAACCGUUCGGCCCAGCAGGCCUCUUCAACAACGCCGUGUCCAACAUCAUUUGUCAGCUGGUGUUCAGGAAACGGUUUGACUACAGUGACCACAGAUUCCAGGUCAUGCUGAAGUAUAUGUCUGAAGCUAUUAUGCUGGAGGGCACGAUAUGGGGCAUGCUGUAUGAGGCAUUCCCUAGAGUGAUGAAGCACUUGCCAGGUCCUCACAACAAAAUUUUCAGUAACUACAAUGCAAUUCUGGACUUUAUGAUGGAGGAGAUAGAGAGUCACAAGAAGGACCUGGACCACAACGAUCCCCGGGACUACAUGGACUCUUUCAUCAUUGAAAUGGACAAACACAAAGAAUCUGAACUGGGAUUCAGUGAGGCCAAUCUGGGGAUGUGCUCCAUGGAUCUGUUCUUGGCCGGAACAGAAACAACCUCCACCACAUUGCUGUGGGCUUUGGUUUACCUGAUUAAACACCCUGAUGUCCAGGAGAGAGUCCACGCGGAGAUAGACAGAGUGAUCGGACAGAACCGCCUUCCCACUAUGUCAGACAGACCCAACCUGCCCUACACCGACGCUGUCAUCCACGAGAUCCAGAGGGUCGGAAACAUUGUUCCUCUCAAUGGACUCAGAAUGGCCGCCAAGGACACGACACUGGGCGGUUACUUCAUACCCAAGGGUACGUCCCUGAUGCCCGUUCUGACCUCUGUGCUGUUCGACAAAGACGAAUGGGAGACUCCAGACAAGUUCAACCCUGGACACUUCCUAGACGCUGAGGGAAAGUUUGUGAAGAAAGAAGCUCUCCUGCCUUUCUCUGCAGGGAAACGUGUGUGUCUCGGAGAAGGCCUCGCCAAGAUGGAGCUGUUCCUGUUUUUGGUUGGUUUACUACAGAAGUUCUCCUUCUCCGUUCCUGAUGACGUAGAGCUGAGUACAGAAGGAAUCGAGGGGGCGACACUCGUACCACACCCCUACAAAGUUUACGCCAAGGCUCGCUGAACUAUGCAACCUCUUACUGAACCAUUUUACAUCCAACCAAUGUGUAACACACGACACUGUCUCUGUCUGUACAUUUAAUUCUGUGUGAUACAUUUAGUUUUACAAAUACAAAAUAUUAUUUUAAAGCAUUUCUGUUUGUCGGAGUAGUAAAUAAUGGCAACGUGUAUAAAAAUCUCAAGUCAUGUCACAUCGCGGUGAGGGAUGUCCUGUCUUGGGGUUUUGUCUUGUGAAUUUCAUGUUUUAUUUUCAAAGUAACUCUCCUCUCGUUUCAGGUCACUUGUCCUUCCUCUUGUGUCCCUGGUCCGAUGUCAUCCCUAAUCCUUGAUUGUUCUCACCUGUGUCCCCUCCCCCAUGUGUAUAAAGUCUUUGUCUUCCUCUGUCUGCGUCGCCAAAGUAUGUCGUCGUCCUGUCGUCUACUGAAGCCCUGUUCCACAGUCUUGCAUUUCUGAUGACGCUAAGUAUUGCCAAGUUUUAUUUUCUGAAUUUGACCUCUUGAGAAGAGUGAUUUUGAUUUAAUAAUAUUUCUGGUUAGGAUUUUGAUUUUCAGUUUAUCGUUUUUUUCAUAGCCUUUUUUUUUGUGCCUUGUGGAGCGCUUUUUGUUCUACCUUUUGAAUAUAGUGAGAGUAGUUAAGUUUCAUAGCCUGAGUGCUUUCCUCUUCGGAGUGUUUUUUUGUUUAAUUAAUUUUCUUAUUCAAGAAUUUGUCAUAGAGUAGGUUUUCCUCCUUCGGGAGCGUUUUCUGUUUCUUUUGUGUGUCAUGUCUUGUUUGUCUAUAUUU